AUGGCUGAAGAUGACUUGGGGAGGCACACCAGCUGCUGGGAGAAGAGCAUAAGGCUCAAGACGGAAAAUCAUAAAUCCAAUACUAUCAAGGAAAACUUAACAAUUUUUGAUGUCAUAACCAGAAAAACUAACCAGCUUCCACAAGCAGAACAGAAUCUACCUGAACAGAGAUCAGCAUAUGUUGGAUUUAAUGCUGCCCUCUGUGGCCUCAUAGCAAAUAGUCUUUCUCAAUGCAUCUUGAACAUGGCACAGGCUCUUAUAGCUGUUGACUUACCAAUGGCAGUGAUCCCUUUUCUUACAACAAACACAGCUUACGAAAGUUUUGUAAAUUUUCCUUUGAAUACAGGCGAUUUGAAUUGUGAAACCUGUACCAUAACACAGAAUGGAUUGGUUGGUCUUGCUUUUGGUGGUCUAUACCCUGUUUUCUUGUCUAUACCUGUGACUGGAGGCCUAGCAGCCUGGUAUGAAUCAACUCUGUUACCAGAGAAAGGGAACAUCUUAAGUUACUGGAUUCAAAUUUCUAAGCCUGUCUUUAGAAAGAUGUUAUUUCCUAUUGUGUUCCAGACUGUGCUUGCAGCAUACCUUGGGUUUAAACAAUAUGAACUACUUAUAAAGGCCCUUCAGUUACCUGAACCUGGCAGAGAAAUUCAUUGACUUUAAGCAAACAUGUACACAAAAAUAAAAUGGUAAAAAAAAAAAAAAAAAAAAAAAAAA